AUGUCAGACAGUCGUGGAGUUAUCGCCCAGUCACCGGAAGUCGACACUGAUGACGCCAAUGACAGGCCAGCGGAGGCACGAACGAGACCCCGCGGCGUGUCGAAUAAGACGUGGGUCUUCGAUGCCGGCGAUCCCCUUGUCUGCAUUGCAAUUUCGAGUAGCCAUCCGUUGCUCGCAGUUGCCGGGCGAAAUCUCCUCCAGAUCCUUCGAGUGGAAGAGGACAAGUUUGUUUCAAUUCACCGAUUGAAGAAUCUUCACCGCAACAUCUCAACCAAGGCCCCGACCAACGCCGCCAAAGCGAAUCCCGCAUCGGCAAUGGCCUCACACUUCCAGUCAGCUCGGAGUUACGCCAUCAACGAUGUCGCAUGGUCCGAUACGCAAACUACUCUGGCCACCUGCACCAACGCUGGAGACCUGAUAAUUUGGGAUUUGAGUCGUGGCAUAAAUCAAAGUGUCUGCCUGGUCGGGAACUCUCGGAGCGUGCACAGGAUCCACUUCAACCCAAACGCACCCAACGAACUAAUCUCUGCGUCGCACGAUGGAAAUAUCAGGCUCUUUGACAUUCGGGACCAGUCCUAUUGCCGGAUCUUCCAGGUCCGCACAACAGCUCCCUCGCCAGUUCGAGACGUUGUCUACUGCCCCCACGAGGGACACAUUUUCGCAGGCGCCUUCGAAAACGGACUGGUUGGUGUCUGGGACACGAGGAACGAGAGCAGACCAGCCAGGUGCUUCCAAGGUCAUACCUGCGUCACGGCCAGUAUCGAUUGGCACCCGCAUUGGAAUUCCAUUGAUCGGAACUGGCUGGCCACGGCAGGGGGUCGCGACAACAUGAUAAAGGUGUGGGACCUCAACCGGUCGUGCCCCACCGCCGUCUACUCCUUGCGCGCGAAGAACACUGGCCACGUCCGCUGGCGCCUAGGCGAGGCAACCCAGGUAAUUUCGAGUUGCUCGCUGAGUUUGGAUUUGAGUAUUCACCUGUGGGAACUCAAUCGACCCUACAUCCCCUACGUCACAUUCGAGGGCCAUUCCCACACCAUAUCAGGCAUUUGUUGGAGCAACGACCACGACGCAUUUUACUCAGUGUCUCGCGACGGGCUACUCUUGCGCCACCACAUUGAGGGUGGAAUCCAGCCGGUUCGAGGCGCGAAUCCAGUAGCCCUUGCGUUGAAUUGCCACGGUCCGGUUGCCCACGCCAUUGGCGGAGAGCCGGGUUUGCGCGUAAUGGCUGAACUGAAGCGUUCACCGUCAACAGUGGGAGAUCAGGCUUCACUCCUCCAUCGAACCAUCUCCGAAGCCACUAUGCGAACACCGCAUCAACUCCUCGUCACUCGCAGAUCCAAGGCAAGCGGUACGCAUUUCUUGGUGGAGUCUUCGACGUCGUCACUUGAAGGUGUCGGCUUUGUGCGAAUUCAAGCACCGCUUCAAGUUUACUUACCACCGGACAGUCCUGGUGACACCUCGUUGUCAGAAGCGACCCCGCCGAGCAUUAUUCCACCGGACGUCUUCGUCGCUCAGGGCCGCAGUGAGCUCUUUGAAGCGACCUUCAUGCUGAAGCAAUCCGCGGAACUCUCAGCUGCGGUGUCUUCCUUGGUUCUGCCAGACGUCUUUAUCCACCUGGCAAAGCAUUACAGAAUCGCUGGAGGCUGCGUGGAAGAGGUUUGUGACCACAAUUCGUCCGUCGCUCGCCACGUCCACCAAGAUUUUCUAUCACAAUUCUGGUUGACUCUCAAAAUGAUAUACGGCCACACUUGGCAGUACUUGGCGGCAUCGAACCAAAAGCCAGCCGCUGAUACGCCUUCGAAGCGCAGACCCGAAGACGAGAAGCCUUUGUCGGCCAGGGCCUCCUCAACACCUCGUCGUCCGCCCCUUCCAAAUUCGUCGUCAACGCAAACCUACGCAGAGGUGGCCAGUCGGCGAUCUAGUGGAGUUUGUGUGCUCGAUUUUAUCGUCCGUCACAGAACCCCGGAUGAUGGAGACGACAAAUUCAAAAUCGAUGAGAUCGAUAAUGCUGAGGAGAAACCCGAGGUCGAGACGCCAAUGAGUGCUAAGGAGGUCGCUUCAGAUCCUGGAAUGGUGAAGACGCCUCAGCAGAUAGCCGAGACUGGCAGUCUGGGUCGGUCUGUUAACUUUCUCUUUGACGGAGGAAGAACCAUUAGUCCACCGACACCUGAUCCGAAAAUCAGAGCUCGUACAGUCGGUUUGAGCUCGAUUCCAUCGGAAGCAGACGCCAAUUUGUUCGUUGGAGCCUCCGAGGCGACGGGAAUGGGCUCAAGGAAAGCCUCCCUCGAAUGCAGCCGAAAACUUGAAUCAAAGUCAUCAGUGGAAGAAUCCGCUAACCAGAAAAGGUCCCGCAAUUCUCGUGAAACAGCCGAAGUUGAAAAACCGAAGGACCAAGUGGCACUGCCUUCUUCGCGAGCUGGCAGCCUCGAUCUCACCUCGGCGGCAGAUUGUCUAGGGCCGGUAGACACGGCAUUGCUUGAAACGUUUACGUAUCCACUGGACUUCUCCCACCUGAUUGGACCAUGGUUCCUGGAACUCGUUGAAGCCGGUCACGUACAGACGGUGUGCACUGCGCUGGUUGCCUUGGGUACUGAACGAACGCGAAUCAACGAGUGGGCUACUGAGAAGCAAAUUGAAAGCUGGUUCUACUCAUACCUCGACGUCUUGGUGCGGUUCCGUCUAUGGAGUGUUUCCACAAGGCUAAUCAAACAUUGCGGAGGUCUUCAAGGUGGGAUUGUGGAAGACACUACGUUUGCUUCGCCAGCUACGUCAACCCCAGCCAUCCACGAUGGGAGGUCAAAGCCCAAAGACCAAAUGUUUCCCAGGAAACAAUCACUUUACGUCCCUCCUAAAUCAGGCGCCCUUCCACUAGCCAGGCACAUUGCGAUUCUCAAUCAGACCGGGACAAGUGUGUCAAUUCGAUGCGGCAAAUGCUCAAAGCCCAUGCAGAGGCCCCCAGUUGCGUCAACACCCUCACCAGUGACGCCGCAAUCCACGGGGUCGACACUGCAGACAGCGUCGGCGUCCUCCAUGACUCCGUCGCACGCGGCGUGGGCGUGCUCUAGGCACACCAGCGCCGAGACCUCCCUCUCAACCUGCGCUGUCUGUCACAUGACAGUGCGCGGCAUUUACCUCUGGUGCAUUGGAUGCAGUCACGGUGGACACUUGGACCACAUCAGGGAGUGGAUAACUCGCCGUCGUGAAUGCCCCGCCGGAUGUGGACACUACUGUGAAUACGGAAAGCUCGAUGGGAGUGUCUACAUUCAAAUUUCUGCUUAG